GAGUUUAGGAACGUGACGUCACCAAUAAGAGUUGUGUACUUCCACCUUGCGGAGCCAUCCAGUUACUGGGACUUAGAUAUAUCCACCCAAAAUUUAGCAGCCAGGGGGGAAGUUAUGGCAAAUUUCCGGACACAGAACUUUUUCUUCAUUACUUCAAGACAUACCAUUCACAGAAAGAGGACUUCUUAAGAUCGCAGCGAUGAUUUUUUGAUAGGGGAAGUCCCCCCCUCACCGGAGAGGUGUGCUGCAGUUUCAUUAUUCCAAAGUUUCCGUUCAAAUUUCUUGCCGAACAUUUUACGUUAUUUUUGUGGCGUUCGUUUCCCAACUUCACUCUGCGGAAUGGGAGAUCCCCAGGCUAGGAAGAGUGCGACUCUGAACCGGCUCCGGACGCAGCUUCGGAGGAAACGAGAGGCUCUCGCCGAUCAGUUCGACUACAAGAUGUUCAUAGCCUUCGUUUUCAAAGAACAGAAAAAGAAGCCAGCUUUGUUUGAAGCAGCAGAGGUGGUGCCGGUCAUGACAAACAACUACGAAGAGAGCAUCAUGAGAGGGGUCAAGGAGGAGGCAUACUCAUUAGAGAGCUCUCUAGAGCUGCUAGAGAAGGAUGUGGUACAACUACAUGCACCGAGAUAUCAAUCUAUGAGAAAGGAUGUGAUAGGGGCAACAGAAGCCAUGGACUUCUUCCUGUGGCCCAGAAAUGACAUUGAGAAAAUCGUGUGCCUGCUGUUCUCCAGAUGGAAGGGAGAUGAGGAGUCAGCCUACAAACCCAUGGAUGCUCAGUUUGUGUUCCACCAUAGUGACUAUGAGAAGCAGCUGAUGCGGCUCCUAGCGAGAAAGGACAAGGCAGGGCUGAUCAUCAACAACCCCGCUCAGUCCAUGUUCCUCUUUGUAGACAGACAAAACACAGAGACACCAAAGAGCAAGCAUAUAGUGUUCAAGCUUUCCAGCAUAUGUCUGUACCUGCCUCAGGACCAACUAACACAUUGGGCACCAGGGACCAUUGAUGAAGUACUGCAGCCAUACUUACCAUACUGACAGGACGUCAGGGUGGCACCAGAGGUGUGAGGCAUUGAACUAUAAAACUCUGCUAUAGAGUGAACCAAAUGUUUCACAUGCGGGAUGCCACCGUCUCCUGGAGUAGGACAUGUACAGCCUACAGUAGAAGUCCCAAAGUUGUCCUUCCACAAUCAGGAGGGUUUGCCAGUACAGGAUGAUGCUUUCUCACAUCAGUGGCCAUAUGGGAAUUCACCAGUGCACAGCAGCAGCAAAACUACAGCUGAUUUUUCUAAAAUCAUGACUUAGGAGACCUCAAUUUCUAGAGAUAUUUUUGUGGUUUAAGAUGGGGGACAUGGCAGAGCCAUGUUGCUGAUAUCUAGCACAGCCAGCAUCAGAAGAAAUCAUCGCACUUAGGGCCAAAGGAUGGGCAAAAAAAGCCACUGUAUGUCCAUAAUCUAGAAAAAUUGGUUCAGCAUGAUACUGGUCCAAACAUAUCCGGUUAGCACAGUGCCACAAUGUGUAUAUAUUUGACUCCGUCAAGCAAUACAACUGGAGUCAACACUUACUAUUAUGCUGCUCUACAGCAAAGUUUCUUGGAGAAGAAAGAAGAGGGAAAUUUCCAGGUUUCUGGGCCAAGAAAGCAAUCUAUUGGGGUUCUUCUUUAGGAUAAUGAGUGUUGACCAACAUUCCACAAGAUGGGAAAGGAUCAGAGGUUCAUUGUCAUGUCAUAGUUGCCAUGGUGAUGUCUUAUGCAACCUUUUUUGCAUGAGAUAUCUUGUUACAGGAUGUCAUUUUUCUAGCACAACCAUAUUCAGGUACAGCACAACGUCACAGGGCAACACAACUUCACUGACUGAACACGUUUCUGAAGUAGUAACAGUUGCAAAGAAAUGACUACUUGGUACAUUAUCAUGAACAACAAACUUUGUGUCAUUGUGACAUUGUCAUUCUUCAUAAUCAUUCUUCAUGAUUAAGAAUGAUGUACACUGAAGUAUAUUGAAAAUGUGAUCUAAAAAUGCCAUCACAAUUUUACAACAGCCUCAAAUUCAAUUUCUUACAUUCCAUAGGUCAUAGUUUCUGGCUCUUUAAAGAAAUGCAGCCUUAAGCUUCUUGUUAAAAAACAGCCAUGUUUUUGGCUAUGGGGGAAUAAACAAUGAACAGUGAACAAUGUUGAGACCAAGUUUGUCUCUUGGGAAUCACAAAAAUUCUUUGUAAGUAAAGUAUCUGACUGCAUGGCAUUGUCCAAAUUAUGAUUUCCUGCUGACUGCAUGUUCAGUGUACAUGUAAUAUACGAGCCACCUUGUGCGUGGAAUGCUGGUGUGUUACACUGAGGACAGUCAUUUUGGUUAAACAUUACAGUUACAGUUAUUACUGUACUGAUAUUACAUGUAGUAUUGUCCAAGUUGGGAUUGAAGAAGGUAGUUACAUUCUGAUUGUUGCUUUCUGACAGGUGAAGGAGUCAUCUGUCAGAAAAUAGGCAAGUGCCAAUCAGAAGGUAAAACUCUCCCCUUCAACCACUGCUUGGAGAGUAUGGUACAAGCGUACAAGUACAAGCACCUUCAUGUCAAAAAUCACCCCAGUCCAAACAUUGCCAUAAUGCCAUGUAGCACCACCUGUAUAAACCUUUUUGUCGUGAAUCGUUUGGCCCUAUGGGCUGAUUGGAAGUCGAGGUGGCAUGGCAAGUAGUGUAGAGUUGUAGAAGGAACCUGGUGAUCCAAAGCAUGUUGUCAUCAGCACUUUGUGAUUUGUGUACUUAAUUUGAGUUGACAAAUCUAAAGGGGCAAAAACGUAAGGCUGGCAAAAUGAUGACACCUUCAGGUAUAAAAUGUCUGUACAUAUUGAGAAGAGCUUUUACAUGUUGAAUGGUGACACCAGAAAUUCAAAUGGGUGAAUAUUUUUACCAUAUGUGGUGUAUUUUAUAUGCUAUUUUUUGGUGGAUGUUGAAGUAGUGGAGAGAUGUAUGAAAGAAAUGACAGCCCAGAUGAACAUAAGUGGUUUAUGUUUAGGCUAGUUGAACAGCUGAUACUCGUCUUCAAUACUUCUUGUACUGUAGUUAGAAAUAAAAUGCAUUUUUGUCAUGAAAAAAUUAUACAUGUCACAUCCGACUACCAGUGUAUUUGGCAAGAUAGAUUUCGUUGCAGGUAGAAUUGUUCUGUCUGUCAAUUGACCAACAAUCUUUAGUCAAAAGUCAAUAUUUCUCUAUUCUUGAAUUCAAAUGAAUAUUUAUUACAAUUGUAUUUUCUUUGCAUCAAUACAAAUUACUUGGGUGUAAUUUUUUUUUACAUUUUGUGUAUAAAGUAGUAUUAUUUGACAUUGUUCCACGGCAAUAAUGCAAAGGUUUUAUUUCAAAAGAUAUCUAACUACCCUGUAGGAAUAGAUCUAGAUUUAAAAAAAUGAAAACCCAUAAAUUCUUUAGAUCCCUCUUAUCCAAUGAUUGUAUGGGGAAAGGAAAAGAAAACCUGAUUUUUUGCAGAUUAAGUUUAUAAAUGAAGUGAAUAUUUUCUGUCCUAAAUGAUAAAAAUUAUUAGAUUACCUCUUGUAUUAUUGGUCAUGUCAAUCUGAUUGUCUUAUCUCAUGCAUUGGGAGUACAGACGUAUUUUAUGUAAUUUGUUUGCAAGAGACGGCUUCUAAUGUCAGACUGAGAGUUUGAUGAUAAACUAUGCUGCUUUUUUCUAUGCCAAGUUUCUUUGUUACUGCAUCUUUAUUACAUUUUCUUAGCCAAUUCCAUUCACUCAUAAGAUAGACUUCUGACCAUGAGAAUACAUAUGUUAGAAGGUAGUUCUUUGCAAGAUGUGGAGGUGAAACAAUUUACAGUAUCUGUUCAUCCAUGUGCCAAGGCCCCCAAAUGGUGUUUAAUGUACCACUGAGAGAGACCAGUACCAAUGCCAUUUGGUUAUGUGUACAAUGAAGCUUCUCACAGAGGCUUGCUGUCCUACAUCAAAAUAAUUAUACUUUCUUCGGACAGACAAAAGAAUCUGUGAUCCCUCUCUGUGGUACAAAAGUCCAUAUUUGGCCCUUGGAAUACGUUUGAUACGCUUCUGUAAGCCUCAUAAUGGACCAAAAUCUCUGUUGCACCAUUCUCACCAGAAAUGUGUUCAGUUUUGGAUGAUACACAAGGAUGAUAUUUUUGGGGACACUAUCAUGUCUUGGGGAUCACAAUUUAUUUCAACAGUGGGAUGAUUGUUGGCACAGCUAGCCAAGACAAUAAACAUGGGUUGUGAUUGA